UAUAUUUAUUCUCCAGAAUGUGCGAAGCAAAACAUCAUUGGCAUAACUUGACCAAGAGAUGCUCAAGUAACGUUCCAAACUAUAUCAAACAAACUGUUUCAUAUCUUUCUGUCUUAGGCAACAACGUAGAGGACAUUCAUUCACUACCCGAGACCGUCAUCUGCUCGCUGGGCUUCAUACAAGCAAUUACAUUCGCCUGCAUAAUUCUGAUGAAAUACAACUGGGUGUUUGUAUUGAAUGAACGAGUGUCGAUACCGAUGACGUCGAGUUGGCGCUGGGUGCUCUUCUUUGUUAUGCUGGCGUUCAGAUAUUCUGUCUAUGCUAUUGGUAAUGGAUAUGAGAGUGAUAACAAAGGCGUUUCUCUUAGAAUCAUAUUUAUAGCAGGUAUGUCACUUGAAGGUCUCAUGCUUUUCUUUCUUGCCAUUGCUCUAUACCACGAAUACAAAUAUCGAUCGACAGUUUUAGCAAGCCAGGGCGGAUUUUUCCGACAUUCUGCUUGCAAGCAUUGUUGUCGUCAGUUUUGGAUCUCUGGGCAGAGUUUGUGUUUUCUGCUGUUGGCAGCAUCGUUACUGUUGUUGGCAAUAGCCGAACGAGCUAUAGAGAGUGAUGACGAUCACAGUUCAGUCUGCAAAGAAGGCAACUAUUUGUUGUGGGCAUCAUCUGGUCUUUUGUUUGGACUCAUCGCAAUUGUCUUCAUCAUGGCUCUUUUGUCAGUAGCCAAGCAGGGAGAAGAUGCUCCUACUCGUACUUCCAAGAUUGCUCUGGUGAUUUCCCUUCUACUGAUGAUUCCAUCUCUCAUUCCUAUUGCAAUUUUGCGAGAAAUUGGUGAUGGACAGAUUGUUAACUGCAGUAUGAACUAUCUCUCUCCAUUCGAUUUGUUUCAAUUGAUGGCUUUCUUCUCGUGGCUUCUUUUCUUGUUUUAUAUUCGAGCGGAGUACCACAGGGUGUUGCAGGAAUGCAAGCAUGCAAUUGUCGGAGACAUUCAAUCGUUGCUGAAUUUCGAUCAAUCUCACAGAGCCAGAGAUUCUCAUGUAUAAACUUGCUGUAACUCAUUGCGUAUACAUACAACAUUUUGUAAUUUUUGCUUGAUAUGGUUACAUACAAUUUGUACCACUGAGUGAUGCCUAGCUAUCACAUUGGGUGUGAAUACAUGAAACAGUUGAUUGGUGGUUCA